CAAACAAAUUCAGGAAUUUGAUUGGCUAAUCUACCUUGCCGUCGACCAAACAUAUACAGUGGAACAAGCAGGUACAGUCAUUCAAAGUUACAACACUUGUGCUUCAAACUAAAGGAUUUACAGACACGUAAAAAUGAUAACGCACGUGCUUUUAGUUGUAUUGGUGAUUUUCUCGAUAUACUUUUACAGACAAAGAAAGGGCAAAAUGCAGAUUUUUGAAAAAAUGGGUAUUCCAGGCCCCAAACCAAAUUUCUUGUUUGGGAAUUUGCUGGCGUUUUGGAGAAUGCCCCUAUUUAAGAAAUAUCAAGAAUGGUACAGAGAAUAUGGAAAAACUUUUGGAUAUUUUGAGGGGCCAACACCAGUUUUGGUAACGGCAGACGUAGAUGUUUUACAGCAAGUGUUCAUAAAGCAGUUCAAGAAGUUCCAUGCAAGAAAGGUUUUCCCCGUCCAAGUGGAUCCAGACGGUGAUGAAAAUGUUCAUAUGUUUUUUGCAAGAGGAGAGCGAUGGAGGCGACUGCGGUCCAUAGUGAACCCAGCCUUCAGUUCUACAAAAAUGAGAACGAUGACACCCCUAAUUAAUCAUCGAAUUGACCAACUUUUAGACAUUGUUGAUGACCAUAAUGCCAACGAGAGGAGCUUCGACAGUUAUGAAUUAUUCCAGAGGUUGACUCUGGACACAAUUGCAGACUGUGGCUUUGGUAUGGACACGGACGCUCUCAUGAAUAAUGAUGAUGAAUGCAUACAAAACUGCCGAGGGGUGAUUCGAGAUACUACAAAACGACCUAUUCUCUUCUUGCUCGGAUUUAUAUUUCCCGCCCUCCAUCGCGUGUGGAUUAGUAUUUACCACUUAAUGGGGCUUAUUUCAUUUAACCCUGUGUUUUGGUUAGAGGACAGCAUGAGAAAAAUCAUCCAGAAACAGAAAAAACAUAAGCCUUCCAAAUCGAACCUCUUGGAACUCAUGCUCACAUCUGAAUUCAACCCUGAAACAAAUGAAAUCGACGUAGGAGACGUUGACCAGAGAGAUAAUGUUGUCAAGCGGCGAUUGUUGACAAAUGAGGAGCUGGUGGCCCAAUGCCUGCUUUUCCUGUUGGCUGGUUACGAAACAACUAGUACCACCCUGGCCUACAUCAUGUAUGAAAUGUCGGUCAACCCCGAGGCCCAGAAGAAACUCCAAGAAGAAAUUGAUGAUUAUUUUCCUUAUGAUGCGGACAAUCCAAGUUAUGAUCAGAUUCAAAAAAUGGAAUAUUUAGACAUGGUCUGGUGCGAGACGCUUAGGAAAUAUCCACUUGCUAGCACUGUUGUUGCCCGUCAAUGUAUGGAAAGUUGUAACAUCAAUGGAAUUAAUAUACAAAAAGGCAUGCUGGUACAGGCCAAUGUAUGGAGUGUUCAUUACAACCAAGAACACUGGAUCGAAGACACACAGAAAUUUAUUCCGGAGAGAUUUACUGAGGCGAGAAAAUCUGAAAGACAUCCUUUGGCGUGGAUGCCAUUUGGAAGUGGUCCCCGAACGUGUGUUGGACUUCGGUUAGCGCAAUUGGAAGGGAAAAUGACAAUCAUUCGCCUGCUUAAAAAGUACACGUUCGUUCCCUCGGCCACUCAAGAAAUUCCUAUCCAGUUUGUAGAAGGAGCGACUAUUUUACCUAAAGAUGGUGUAAAUGUGGCUGCUGUCUUGCGGAGUCCGUAGACAGUUGUUUCUGAGGGAAGAAAAACAUGCAGUAUUAGACCGAGAUUAAACAACAUUAUACCCGUCCGUAGCUUGCCAACAAUCCAUUUACAAUAUGAAUAUGUCUGUUUUCAUGAACGGUCCAUGUGCUUGAAGAUAAAGAAUUACUUUAAAUGUGAAAACAGUAUCGUAGACAAGAGCUGUAAUUUAAAUUAUUUAUAUUCGGAGAAAAUGUUUGCGUGCGUGCUUGAUGAACAAAAGUAUUUAUUGGUAUGUGAGAAUGAGAAUGUAUAAUUAUGUAUAAGUGAUACUUAACUUCAUUAUAGGGAGGGAGCAGUCCAUCGACAAAUAAGCUGUUAAUAGAUUACAAAUGUUGCCGGUUGUUAUACAAUGUACAUAACUGCUGUUGAAUGUUUCGGAUUUUUCCCAAACAAAUUAUUGUGUGUUCUUUGUUGAGGGGUCAGUGUUCAGUAGAAAAAGCAUUAUUUACAUUUAAGACCAAAAAUGUACUGUAUAAAGCCAAAUCAUUAUUAUGAUUUUCAUGUCACCACUUGUUGCACAUGUUUUAAUACUGAGCAAGACCGGAAAUACAUAUUGUCCGAGAAGGGCAGCACUCAGUUUCACGUCAAAUUGAAACACUUGUCACAUCAUGUAUAUCUUUUCAUCCCUUACAAGCUCAUAUCGUGAGUUGAUACGACUAGUCUUUCAAAUAUUGUUUAUUUAUUGUUUAUUUAUUUAUUAAAACAAAAAUAAAAUUUUGAAAUAAA